CUGAGCAUCUGUCUCUCCCCAGCGGAGCUAGAGAAACAGAAGGGCGGGGGCCGACCCGGGCCCCUAGGAGGGGGCGGGUCCACAACCGGGGGCGCGGCCUCCCCUGGGGGCGGGGCCAGUCCGGCAGGGGGGACAAAGGGCGAGGGAGUGAACGGCAUUCUGGGUAGGGUCAGUCUGGACGACACGUACGCCUCAGUGGACGGACUGAAGCGCACAGCGCUAAGCUCCUCCCUCAGAGACCUGUCAGACACAGGGAAGCGGGGCCGGAGGAACAGCGUGGGUUCCUUGGACAGUACCUUUGAGGGUUCGGUCAUCAGUACUCCUCGCUGCCACCAGCCACUGCAGCGCCCCCCCGUGGGUGGGGGUCUGUCCCACACCCCAACGAUGGAGCCCCCCUCUCCCUCCCCCUACCGGCCGCCCCCCAGCCCCGGAGGGGGAGGGGCCCCAGGCCUCGGCCACGCCCAAGGGGGGCUCGGCCACGCCCAGGGGGGGCUAGGCCACGCCCAGGUGGGGCUCAGCCACUCCCAGGGGGGGCUCGGCCACGCCCAGGGGGGGCUAGGCCACGCCCAGGUGGGGCUCAGCCACUCCCAGGGGGGGCUCAGCCACUCCCAGUCGGGGCUCGGCCACGCCCAUGGGGGACUAGGCCACGCCCAGGUGGGGCUCAGCCACUCCCAGGGGGGACUAGGCCACGCCCAGCCGGGGCUGGGCCACGCCCAAGGUCAGCCGACUGGAGGAGGAGGCGGUUUCCUAGGCAACCUGUUCGGUAGCCGCCGGGGCAAGGUCCCGGGUCCCCUGGUGAUGAUGUCAGCGCCGCCCCAGCAGGGGGGCCCCGUCAGCCCUCUGAUGAUCGCAUCGCCUCCCCACUACCCCGCCCCUGCCCCGCCCCUCCCCACCGCCCUCUCCCCCUGCCCCUCCCCCUCCCCCCACAUGGGGGAGGGAGGGGCGGGAGGGGGGCCUUCCAAGCUACAGGCGCUUCACGCCCAGUAUUGCCACGGCAACAGCGGAGGAGGAGGAGGAGGAGGAGGAGGAGGAGGAGGAGGGGUCGCCGGGCAGCAGCAGCAGACUCCGCCCCCUCCGUACCACCACCACCACCGCUACCACCUGCAGGACGCGGCCCCGCCCCCCCGGCGGCCCCCUCCCCACCCCCACCCACACCACAGGGGGCGCUACGGCUUCACCACGCCCCCUCCCCUCUCCCCCCACUCCCCCAUGGCCCCGCCCACCCCUCACGGACUCUUCCACUCCCACACCGGGGGGCGGCCCGGGGGCGGGGCCAAGCUCCCCCUCACCGUCUCCCACUCACAGCCACACCCCCACGCGCACAUGCACGCCCACAGCCAGGCCGGCCACGGCCACGCCCACUCCCCCCUCAGCCCCUCCCCCUCGUCCGGCCCCCACUUCCUGUUCUCCACGCCGCCGCCGCAGACACCGUCUGCGCGCCUGAUCACGCACACGCCGUACCCCCCCCUGCUCUCCGCCAUACCUCCCCCUCCCCCACACUCCCCCCUUCCCCCCCCUGCCACGCCCCUCUCCCCCCACCCCCCCACAGCACCGGGGGGAGGAGCCAAGUCUAAGCCCAUCAGCCGCAUCAGCACAGUGGUGUGAGGGGUUGGAGCAGGAGGGGGAGGAGGAGAAGGAGGAGGAGGAGGAGGAGGAGGAGGAGGAGGAGGAGGGACAGAGGCAGGAGGACAAGGAUGAGGAGAACUUGUCAUCUUGCAAAAAGACUUACUUCUAACCCACUGCAAUAGAGAGACAGACAGACAGACAGACAGACAGACAGACAGACAGCCAGACAUUUCCUGGUUCCAACUUCCUCCUCUAGUGACCUCCAGAUGACCUUCCCAUCUACUCGUCCACACGAGGGCAGCGAUUGGCACACUGCGAGAUUCGUCACAUGACCGGACUGGACCAAUGAGUAACCAGUGCCAGAUAAUGACCUCUAUUUCCUCUACAGCUCAGCUACGGUCUGGCUAAUGUCAUGCUAACAUGCUAACGCUAACGGUACCCCCUGAUGGGGGCCAUGUUGUUUCCAAGAAGACUGCAAACCGAAGCCAACCGGACAAGGUUCCAGACGGACUCUGAGGACCGUCCGACUGCAUGAACAGGCAGAUCAAAUAUGAAUGUUUAUGGUCACGAUGUUACCGUAUCAACAGGUCUAUACCGUACUAAUUAUCUUACCCUAUAUACUUGUAUAUACGGUAAUAAGAAUUUUACCGUGUAUGCAUGUAAAUACGGAAGCAUUAUUUAUACGGUGAUCACUUCAUGGUACAUACAAAUAUACAUGGUGGUAAUAUUAGGGUAUAUUUAGUUAUAACCUCCCGGUAGAAACAGUGGAUGCAGGGUGUUUGAAUGGUAUAUAUAUAGCAUAUAUAUCGUAUCAUAUAGUAAGGGGUAAGGCUAGGAGCUUGGACACACAGGCACUCCAACGGCCGUGGACGGGAUCCUUUGAGGCUUUUGGUGACAAAUCGUAAAUGGAUGUGGUAUGCAUUCCUGUUUUAUACAAAAAAAUAUAUUCAUAUAGAGGUACAUUUAUUUAUGGAUUCAUACAAUCAGCACCCUUAAUCCAAUCACACUAUUAACACGGAAAUAUAAGCCUAUCAAUAUCCUAAAGUAGACGUUUUGACUGUUUCCACGUCAACUAUAGACUACAGGCUACUGUGUGUGUGAACCCCUUUAUUGUUGGAAUGGAGCCGUAUUGAGACAUAGUGCAUGCUGGGAUGUGUAGUCCUGGGACAGGACAACGUAUCAUUGGUUGGUUCAAAACCCAAAUGAAAUGGUUGACUUGUGAAGUUAAGCUCAAAUAAGAUUUUUAAACAAAAACCUGUUACAUCCACCAGCCGGCCAGACAGUUCAGACCAGUCCUGUUCCCAUGGCCACCAGCUAUGUGUGUGGUGGGUGCUGGUUCGCCUACAGACCUUCUUUGAGACACAGAACCAAGUUCUGUCUUCUGCCAAGACUAAAGGAAUCCACUUUGUGCGUUAUGACGUAUAAGGAACAUGUGGCAACACAUCGUAUAGGAGGUCACUCCCAGCCAGACUCACUCUGCAGACCUGCUGUCACUCCCACCCAGACUCACUCUGCAGACCUGCUGGUGUCGGCUACACAAGUGCUGUCCUGUGGUGACAGGAAGUGACCUCAGAGCAGACAGGAUGUCCUCGUUUAAUUGGCCGGCGUUCUCGACAGGCUGGUCAUGUGAUGAUUGGCAAGGCUCUAGAUCGAUCUCCGGAUGAGGUCCUGUGGGAACCCAGUUACCGUGGAAACCUGGUUCUUUUUUUGGUGUGGAAACUUAAACCGUCUGCCCACUGCACCGUCCGUCAACGGAUGACGGAAGGCGUGGCUGACGGAUGGGGGAGUGGUCUUUGCAGAGGCAUGCGUCAGCCAAGCCCGAGCGAUCUGAUCUGAUUGGAUGACGGAUCCGUCGCUGCCUGAAACGUUGAAUUAUAUUUCAACUUCUUGACGGAGCCGAUGGAUCCGACGCAACGGAUGGAUCCACAAUGCAUUGCGGCUCCGCCCCGCUCAAGGUCAACGGGAUCCGUCGACGGACGGAUGCAGUGGGCAAGAGGCGUUGGGAUCGAUAUUGUGGUGACAGCUUCUUCUAACAUCUUCAUCAGCUCUUCUAAUAUCGUCAGGGCUCCUCCAACAUCAUCAGAGCUCCUCUUUCUUCUACGUUCCUCUAACAUCUUCAGAGCCCCUGGUUCUUCUAACGUCUUCAGAGCUCCUGGUUCCUCUAACAUCUGCACAGCCCCUGGUUCCUCUAACACAUUCACAGCGCCUGGUUCUUCUGUUCCUCGGCGGAGCUCCUGGAUUUCCUUUGGGUCGUCUAUGUGAGCUGAGGUCGUCUCCUUGGCUCUUUUGGUUUUGUGUGUUCCUGCAUCAUAACAAACAGAAACAGGUUCUGACGGUCCAGAGACUCUGCUGGUUCUGACCCAUGGGUCUGGACCCCGCCGCCCGCAUGCUCGCACGAUCUCACACCUCGGAAACGCUGCCUCACACACUUGUAAAAGCUAUUUUAUUGAUAAAGUUUUGUGGUUUUGAACACAGAGGUGAAAUUUUAUCGGUGCCUCUAGCCCUCCUCCUGUCGGUCACCACCGCCACACGCGCACACACACACACACACACACACACACACACACUCAAUCUUUCACACACACGCACACACACACACACACACACACACACACACACACACACACUCAAUCUUUCACACACACGCACACACACACACACACACACUCAGUCUAUCACACACACACACACACACACACACACAUACACACACGCACGCUAUCUUUCACACACACACACACACACACACACACACACACACACACACACACACACACACACACACACACACACACACACACACACACACACACACACACACUCUUACACACACACACACACACACACACACACACACACACACACACAGACACACACACACACUCACUCACUCUCACACACACAGCAGUUUCACUGCCUCCGGAUGUAAACGUAUAAACUACCUAAACAGUAAAAGGAACAAGUUUCUCUGAGUCAUAACAUCUCUCUCCUCCUCCUUUUAAACUAGUUCUCAGAUGAAGUCUCCGCGGGGGACAGCUGGCACCAGCGUCGUUAUGAUUGAUAAUGACACACGUGUCACCACGUGAAUCCGCAGUACAACACUUCUGACCCUUUCAAGAUCUCAAAUACCUUCAACACAUUGAGCCACUCGAGGAGAGCCCUGUUUGACUUAUCAGAAACGUUGUGACCUCUGACCCCUGGAUGGUGGUGCUACUCUCUGUGACCUCUCCCCCCCCCCCCCCGCCCCCUUCUGGCUGCAUGUUACUCCUGUACCCACUCUGAACUCUGAACCUUGUAAAUACAAGAGGACUUAACCUCCCUGGAGUCCUGAAGGAACCCUGAGAACCAGCCUGAUGAGCCCACCAGCUCUGCACACCGUACACCGAGAGAGGGUCACCCGGAUCAGCCUGGAUCUCACCUGGAUCUCACCUGGAUCCACCUGGAUCUCACCUGGAUCUCACCUGGAUCUCACCUGGUUCCACCUGGAUCCACCUGCAUCUCACCUGGAUCCACCUGGAUCUCACCUGGAUCCACCUGGAUCUCACCUGGAUCCACCUGGAUCUCACCUGGAGCCUAGAUCUUUCUGUGUAGAGAUACAGCCGUCUCUCCUCCCAUCUCCUCUUUCUAGAUGUCUGCAUGUGUAGAGAAAGAGACAUCUAGAUAAUGUCUCCAUCUCUACACAUGUAGACAUCUAGAAAGGGGAGAUGUGAUAUAGACACAGAGGCAUACUGACAUGUCUGUAGCUGUCUAUAUGUCUGUGUAGAGAUGUAGAGAUAUAACAGACAUGUCUGUAGCUGUCUGUGUCUAUGUGUAGAGAUAUAGAUCUAUAGCAGACAUGUCUGUCGAUGUCUCUGAGGUUUCGUGGCGACAGUCUUGGAGAGGUGUUCUACGUCCUGGGGGUGAGAGGUGAUGUUGUUGUUCCUGUACUGCGUCCUGCCUGGAGGAACCGCCUUGUUUUAAAGAUGACUUGUGGAAACGUUUCAUUGUGUACAUAAAAUAUAUUACUUGUACUUGUUUUUGAAACGGAGAACUGAACCAGUGGACAUAAUAUAAUUGCUCUUAUGAUAUAAAGAUCUGUUCCAGUGGUG